CGUCAACUGUCAUCGAUAUCGACAGCAACACAAAGCUCAAACAACGUGCUUUCGCUAAAGCAGCUUAAAGUUUAAAGGAGCUUUUUAGCAUUAAUAUCCUUUGUGUUCAAUUGUGCAUAAAAUUGAACUCGUGAUUGUGUGUGUGCGUGCCUCAAAGGAUACUAACGAAACCAAGCAGCAAACAUAAAUUUAGCACACCGGAAACGGAAACACAGAUUGCACUCCUGCUUCUUCUUCUUCUACAAACACACCUUGCGCGUCUCUCCCACAAUUUUCGAUCAACAAUACAAAUUAAAUAAAAAUAAAAAACAUAAAUAAGGAAAAUGGAAAAACGCUCAACGGCGACAGCAGCAGCAACAAGAACAACAUUUUCAGCAAAAUUCGAUGAAAUUUGAGUACAAUAAUUAGCUAAAAAAAGGCAAACAGCAAAAAGAAGAAGAAAUAUAUAGAAGCACAAAGGCAAAUUUAUCCGCAGAAAGUGUUCCAAAUACAACAAACGACAAACCGAAAACUUCCCAAGAAAUUAAAAAAAUAAAAACAACAAAAAAUACUUCCAAAUAGAAAAAAUAGAAAUAUAGCGAAAAACGAAAUUUGAACAAUAAGGCAUUAAUAUUUUUAGCUAAACGGCGCAAAUGAUCAAAACUGCUUCCUAAAAGCUCUAACAUAUAAGUAAAAAGAGAAAGAGAAACGAACACAGCAGAGGUGAAGAGAAUAGAAGAGAGGAGAGGAGAACAAAUUAAAAGAACAACAGCAGUAGCAGUAAUAACAGCACGUAACGGCAAUAAAAGAACGCAACGAACAUGUCAAACGCCGUCGCUAACAAAACAGAAACGGAAAACUGCAUCAGCAGCAACAACAACAACAACAACAGCAGCAGCAAUAACAGCAGCAGCAACAAUAACAUUAAGAGCCUCAAACAGAGGCCACAGCCCGCACAGCAACCGCACAGCACCAGCAGCAGCAGCAGCAUUAACAGCAGCAAUAACAUCCACAACAACAAUAACAACAACAACAACAACAGCAGCAGCGAUGCAGCAUUUUCUUUACUGAACGGCACUCAUUCAGUGCAUCAGCGCACCAAUAGUCUCUUUAACGGCAUCAGCAACUAUGCCAGCGCCGGCAGUGGCAGUGGCAGUGGCAGCGGCAGCGGCAGUGGCAGCGGUAGCGGAAAUGCUGGAACAACAGCAGCAGCAGCAGUACUGCUCAAUGGGGCAGCGCCAGCAACAGCGAUUCCCAGCAAUGGCAUCACGCAGUCACCCUACGAACGCUAUCGAGUUGAUGAUGCCAGCUAUGUGUCCAUCGGACAGUUUUAUGCCGGACGCAGCGUGUUCAUAACGGGCGGCACUGGCUUCAUGGGCAAGGUGUUGGUGGAGAAACUACUGCGCUCAUGUCCGGAUAUAAGAAACAUAUAUCUGUUGAUACGACCGAAACGCGGCCAGGAGGUUUCCACGCGUCUCACGGAACUGCUAAAUGCACCGCUGUUUGAAUCAUUGCGGCGCGAGAAGCCCAAGGAAUUGAGCAAAGUCAUACCCAUAUCUGGUGAUAUAACAUCCGAGGAGCUGGGCAUCUCAGAGAACGAUCAGAAACUACUUUGUAGCAACGUUUCCGUUGUUUUUCAUUCAGCUGCCACGGUGAAAUUCGAUGAGAAGCUCAAACUGUCUGUCACAAUCAAUAUGCUGGGCACGAAACGUUUGGUCGAGCUCUGUCAUCGCAUGAUAUCCCUAGACGCUUUAAUUCAUGUGUCCACUGCCUAUUGCAAUUGCGAUAGAACCGAUGUAUCUGAGGUUAUCUAUGCACCACCCUAUAAUCCCGAUGAUAUCAUCUCAUUAAUCAACUGGCUUCCGGAGGACAUACUCGAUCAGCUGACACCUCGACUCAUUGGCAAGCGCCCCAAUACGUACACAUUUACAAAAGCCUUAGCGGAGCAUAUGUUACUUAAGGAGGCUGGCAAUCUGCCCGUUGCCAUUGUGAGGCCCUCAAUUGUGACGGCCAGUCUGAAUGAACCGUUUGCCGGUUGGGUGGAUAACUUCAAUGGGCCAACGGGUCUGGUCUCGGCGCUGGCCAAGGGCAUGUUCCGCACGAUGAUGUGCGAGAAGAACUAUGUGGCCGAUAUGGUACCUGUCGAUAUUGUGAUUAAUCUGAUGAUUGCCGCCGCCUGGCGCACAGCGACGCGUAAAUCCACUAAUUUACUCAUAUACAAUUGUUGUACCGGUCAACGCAAUCCAAUCAUUUGGUCUGAGUUUGUCCAACAUGCCAUGUGCAGCGUCCGCAAACAUCCCUUGGAGGGCUGCCUGUGGUAUCCAACUGGCGUACUGCGCAUGAAUCGUCCAAUGAACACGCUGAACUGUAUAUUAUCACAUUUUCUACCGGCCUACAUACUGGAUGGAGUGGCGCGCAUCAUGGGCAAGAAGCCAUUUGUUGUCAAUGUACAAAAUAAAAUUGCCAAAGCUGUCGAAUGCUUAGAAUACUUUGCCACGCGCCAAUGGAGCUUCAAGGACGACAAUGUGAACGGUCUGCUGCACACGCUGAGUCCCAAGGAUCGUGAGAUAUUUGUAUUCGAUGUGCGCAACAUUGACUGGGAUAAAUAUGUGGAACGUUAUGUUUUGGGCUUCAGGGAGUUUUUGUUCAAGCAGCGGCCCGAAUCGCUGCCAGCCAGCAGAAAGCGCAUGGUCAGACUGUACUAUCUGCAUCAGCUGGUCAAAGUUGUGCUUGUGCUGAUCACCUGGCGUUUUCUCAUGUCGCGCUCGAAGCGUUUGAAUGAUAUUUGGAGUGCUUUUCUCGAGAAUGCGCUGAAAAUCGCGCGUUUGAUACCAUUUUUGUAAUUAACCGGCUUUAAACGCUGAUGGCAGAGUCAAACAACAACAACAACAGCAACAACAACAGCAGCAACAAGCAAAUAACAAACAAACAACAAGCAACUUGCAACAAGCAACAACAAAACAAACAACAACAGCAUAAUUCUUGUCUGGUGAUGUUCUUCAUAUUUCUUGCAAUUUCUAAAUGCUUUACAUUUUAGAGGUUUUUAGCAAAUAAUUAUAAUCAUAUUUUUAUA